AUGAAAUUGGCCCGCGAGUUUGUCGCUCAUGAGAAGUUGGAGGAAUGGGAGGAUCAGUUUGCUCGUGAGUACUUUCAGAAGAAGCCUAUCCCUCCUCGCAAGAAUCCCGAGAGUUUUAUGUUCUUGAUUCGCCAGGAUAUGAUGGGAGACCUUGAAUCCGUCACGUCUUUCGACAGUCUCGAGUCCGCAGAUACCGAUACAGAUACAGACUAUGGAGAGGGGAGUAAUCAACAUGGCAAUGAAGAUAGCUACGAUGCUGACAGCGAGAACUCAACUCAAGAAAACGAGAUUUUCAACGAUGCCGCCUCCAACGAGACCUCUGAGGUUGACCCCGAAGAUCUGUUCUACGGCGAUGUCAUUGACCGUACCCGCGAUGUUGAACCCAAACCCAGUCGAGCAUAUCUCGGGCCGGCCGUCUCUAUCAUGAACUUGUUCUUGUCUAUGAUGGACCUGGGACGUGAUGGCGAUUUUGUUGAAUAA